CUACCCUCUGAAACACAACCAGAAAACCAGGAGGAAAGAAAGAGAGACGAAAAGAGGCAAAAACCCUAAUCUCUGAUUCCAAAACCCUCUUCGUUUUCUCCAAAUUGGCUCUCUGGUGCUGUAAUACUUCGCAUUUGGGUUCUUGGGCACCUUGGAUUGUCUGGUACUACCUGCUCCGAGGCUUUCUCUACUCCUCGGAAAAUUUUCUGCAUUCUUGAGUUAUACAGCCAUGGUGUUUUGGGUUUUUGGCUAUGGUUCACUUGUGUGGAACCCAGGAUUUGAAUAUGAUGAGAAGAUCGUAGGUUUCAUCAAGGAUUACAGGCGUGUAUUUGACCUGGCUUGCAUUGAUCACAGAGGUACACCUGAAAAUCCUGCAAGAACUUGCACGUUGGAGCACAUUGAAGGAACCAUAUGCUGGGGUGCUGCAUUUUGUGUUAGAGGGGGCCCGGAGAAGGAGAGAUUGGCAAUGGAGUACUUGGAGCGCAGAGAGUGUGAAUAUGAUCAAAAGACCCUCGUAGACUUUUACAAGGAAGAGGAUCCUCAGCAGCCCGCUGUAACUGGAGUUAUUGUCUUUACAUCAACUCCGGACAUAGUGUCAAACAAGUACUACCUUGGACCUGCCCCUCUGGAAGAAAUGGCUAGACAAAUUGCAACUGCUUCAGGUCCUUGUGGGAACAACAGAGAUUAUCUUUUCAAGCUAGAGAAGGCCUUGUUUGAUAUUGGUCAUGCGGAUGACAUGGUGAUAGAGCUGGCAAAUGAAGUGAGAAAGGUGCUUGGAGUGGGUAAAGGAAUAUUCAAGGAGAAGCUGGUUGGAUCGCUACACAUACCCCUUAAAUCCCAAGGCCACAUCCCUUCCCUUCAGCCCGGUCGUCUCCCAGAAGCUGUUGCAGCAGACUCCUAGCAAUUUCUAUGGACUUUAAACAGCAAGGCUCAGAUUUCAUCUAAUCCUUUGUAUUCCAAUUCUGGUUACUUGCUGCCAGAUGAGAGACUCUGCUUUCUUGAUACAGGACAACCAUCUAUGAUCUAUUUACUCAUCUCUUUUCACCUUGUUAACAUUUAAGGCGACUAACAAUUAAGGCAUCAAUCUCAUAUACUUGUACUCAAGGAUUUUGAUGUAACUCGGUAUCAAUAUCAGCAUCUGAUCAAAGAAAAUAAUAUGCAAGAAAUUCCAUUGCAGUCU